ACUCGCACACGCUCGGCCAGAGGACUGCAGUCGGAACCCGGGGACGACUCCACUUUGGUGGAGAGGUUACUUGGUCUGAGGGUCCCAGAACAAAAUAUCAUUCAAUCCUUGGAACAACAUGGGUGCAAUCAUCUCACGGUGGAGGACUAAACCAUCCACUGUGGAGAUUUUGGAGGGAAUCGAUAAGGAUAUACAGAUUCUUGAAGAAUACAGUGAGAAGUACCAGAGGCAGUUGAAGAUAUGGGUCGGGCGACUGCUUCUGUACUCGUCUCUUCUCUUCCUGAUCACGUGCAUAGUUGUGUAUUUCUGGUACCUGCCUGAACAGUUGAUGGGACGGCUCAUAUUGUCUCUUCCCUUCGUGAUAUUUCCGUUAUUAGUUUGGUUACUUCGAAAAAUACUUAUUAUUAUUUGUUCCCGAAGAACUGAAAAAAAUAAUGACAAAUCAGAAGAUCUUAAAGAACAAAAAAGGAAAAUACUUGAAGAAGUUAUGGAAACAGAGACAUAUAAAAAUGCUAAAUUGAUUCUGGAGAGAUUUGAUCCUGAUUCCAAGAGAAAAAAUGAGCUUGAAUCCACUCCAGUUGGACCUCAGAUGACUCCAAAACCAGGCCAGGAACUCCGCCAGCGCAAUGUCAACCCAAAGACCCCCUCAGUGGUGGUGAAUUCUGCAAGCGGCGCUGCUGCUCGCCCCCCUCUUACCUCUGGGCUCACCUAUCCUGGACGGUCCUCCCACUCUGCUCCAGGUGGACCCCCAGAGAGGAACCUGUCUGCUAUAGCUGCUCAGCAGAGCUUGAUGAGGAGGCCUGUGACCCCUGGAACACCUGUUCCAGGAGUCGGAAUGCACCCCCCAGGCCCGCCCAUGGUCAAAGCUGUGGUCCCAAGAGAAAGAGGCGCUCUGGACAGAGUCAUUGAGUAUCUUGUUGGAAAUGGCCCUCAGAACAAAUACGCUCUCAUCUGUCAGCAGUGUCUGUCCCAUAACGGCAUGGCAUUAAAAGAGGAAUUUGAAUAUGUUGCCUUCCGAUGUGCAUAUUGUUAUUUCUUGAACCCGGCAAGAAAGACCAGGCCUCAGGCCCCCAGACUCCCCGAGGUCACUGGCGAAGUGAAGAUGUCAUCUGAGGCAACCGUACCUUCAUCUGCUGCUGAUGAUGAUCAAUCGGUUUUAGGCGAGACUGGCAAUAUUGGGCAAACCAAGCUUGCUGACAUCUCAGCUGAAACGGACAUCCUGGAGCCAGGCACACCAACAACCACAGAGCCCAGCUCUGUGUCAGACAGCCAAAGCACCCCAGAGUCACAAGAUCUGCCCUCAGAGAAGUCUGACGGAGAGCUCGAUGUGUCUGCCAUGGAAGUGGAAUAAAACAGAGGAGUAGUUAAGUCGAGCUGGAACUGUUUUUUUGUGAAGAAAAAAUGUGAUAACCUUUGACUUGCAAGUAAAUGCCUUGAGUUGAAAUAAUCCAGAAACAAGUCAGCAGUUGAUGCGAUUUUCAAUUUACAGUACAGAAUGUCCUUUUAUUUUGAGAAUUUAUUUUAUAGUUCUAGCAAUAGUAACAAAUUAAAUUUGAAAUUGCAUCAUGCUAGCAUUUGGUUGCAACCACCAAACAACUUUCUUGUAUGUCUUAUAAUAUCUUAUUCAGAACAGUAAGGAGUAUGCUAUCGUGAGGAUAUUGUAUGGGGAAAGUAUUAUCCCAUGUUUUCUUUAUUUGAUAUUUAAGUUUUAUUUGUCUUUAACUGAAUUUCUAAACAGUAUUCUCUUUGGGUUAAUUGGAUACUACGGAAACAAAACAACAAAUAUUUUUGUGGGGAAAAUCCAAUUUUAUUUAUGGAAAAUUAUUUAUAUCAUGCUUUGCCUUUCAUGACUGUUGUAUUCUGUAGCAAGCUGAUGUUGACAUGUUUACACAACCAUGGUACCAGAAUAGGAAUACACAUACAGUGCAGUUGUCCGAUGUGCCUUUUUUAUAUUUAAAGUUUCUAUUUCAGAGUUGUUGAUACAACCUAUUUACAUAUAAACAAUAAAGUAAUUGAAUUGUUUACAGACUGUAUCUGUGUGCUGUGUCCCGCAAUUCUUUUUCUGUAUAAAUAAUACAAAAUAAACUUUUGAGAGCA